AUGAUUCAGAUCUUUUAUUUUUUUUUCAAACUGAGGGAAAAUAAUCCGUAUGAACUUUUUAAACUAUACGUGGUGCAAGAAGUUGGUGUGGGUUCUUCUUCUUGUGCUCCUACGUUUGAAUAUAAAUGCCCCGAUUUAAAUGAUUGUGUUUUUUCAAACGAUGAAAUUAAUGCUAGCGAUAAACUAGAAUUUAUUGAUAAUAAAGAUAAAUGUCGAUUUUAUGAAGGCUACACCUUUCGUAACAAGCAGGAAAUGAAAAUCGAACUAGGAAAGAUGUGCUUAUCCGAAUCUUUUUCGUAUAAAGUAGACAGGUCAUCAAAGACCCGUUAUGAAGUAUCAUGUGUUGUCGAAAAUUGUGAGUGGAGUUUCAAAUCCGCUAGUCGGCAAUCUUGUGAUGUUUUCUACGUUAAAUCUUUUAACAACAAACAUACGUGUUCUAAGACGCAGACACAUCCACACAUGCGUCAGGCUAACCCAAUGGUUGUGGGUAGCAUGUUAAAAGAACAAUUUCAAAACUCUGGUCGAAUUUACCGCUGCCCUGAAAUAGUCAAAGAUCUUAGAAUAAAAGAAGGAGUCAAUAUAACUUAUAUGCAAGCGUGGCGAGGAAAAAACAAUGCAUUACAACUUUUGCAUGGAAAUUCAGCAAGUUCUUUUGCUGAACUUCCUAUUUACUGCUACAAUUUGGAGAAGGCUAAUCCAGGAACAGUGACGCACAUAUUGACUGAUUCGGAGGAUCGUUUUGAAAUGGUAUUUGUCGCCCUAGGUGCCGCGAUUCGUGCCUUUGUAAGAACCUUAAGACCGGUCAUUAUCAUAGACGCGGCCCAUUUGAAAGGUGAUUUUAAAGGAACGUUGUUUUUGGCUGUGGGCAUGGACGGAAACAAUCAGAUUUUGCCUGUUGGUUACGGGAUUGGUAAAUCCGAAGACGGUAAUUCGUGGACUUGGUUCCUUUCAAAACUUAAAGAUUGUAUUGGCGAGCAUCCAGAGUUGGCAAUCAUUUCUGACCGAGCACCUUCUAUACAAUUAGCCGUAAGGGCCGUGUUUCGACAAGCGUUUCACGGGUUGUGUUGUCGUCAUUUAAUGGUUAACCUUAAAUUACCAAAAAAAUGGAAAACGUCUCUAUGGUGGCAGACUUGCAAAUCUUACCGGCUAUCAGAUUUUGAGGAGUCUUUCAACGCGUUAUGUGCCGCAGUUCCGAGACUAAGGAACACUCUUAUGACAAUUGGGUUUGAGAAGUGGUCAAGAGCACAUUGUCCUGUUAAAAGAUACCAUUAUUGUAAGGCCCAAAUUUCAUAUUCCGAAAAUGACUAUUAUCAUACUAUUAUUUAA